AUGAAAGGGGAGCUGGAUCUCGUUGCAACGGAAAUGGAAUUGCAGACAGAACCGCUGCUCCUAGACAGUGGUCUAGAAACAGAGAAUCGACCAGCUCCUCGUUUGCGGCCCAAACGGCUUCUCCGCUCUGCUCAGGUUUUUGUUAUAGCCGCUUUGCUUUUCGUUUCUGUGUUUCGAAGCGGUGUUGUGCGUGAUCUAUAUAGUUCGUUCUUGAGUGCAGCCGGCGUAGCUGAAAACAAAGGUCUUUCUAGCCUUUCUGUGCUGCACACGCCAUCUGGUGUACGGAAGGAAAUCCUACCCCAGCAUGAUAAUGGCGCCAAUUCGGCCUCAGAGUCUUUAGAGUCAGAAGGAACUCAGCCUGCGCUGCCGCCUGUUGAGGUGCCUUCAAAAGACAAACUUGCUGACUGUAGUAAUGCCUCCAUUUCAGAGGUUCCAUCAGCGGGGCGUUUGCUGAAGUACGACGCCUGGGGCCUACCACCACUUGAGCAAUUUGAGAAUACGCUCCCCCCAAAGCUAAGAGAAGGCAAAGAGGCGAUUGCUGCUUGGGCUGCUCAGUUCUACGCCUCCAGCCCUAUCUCUUACUAUGCGAAGAUUUAUCAACGCAUUCUCGCUCGAGCAAUUUCUAACGGAACCGUGAACUCCUUGACAGAUAUGACGAUUGAACUGCGGGAUACAGUGCCAUUAAACUGCAAAGGUUGUACUGAGGCACUACCCCAGUCGGUGCGCGUUAUAAGAGUGGCGGGAGUUCAUGGGGCGAGUUUAGUGAUGCACGUCGAAGAUGUCAUGAGCAAAAGGGUUUAUUCUCUGCACGUUCCUGUGACUGCGAAAGAACUGGUCAAGGAAUUUGGAGACGAGGGAUUUCUGCAAAACAUGGAGGAGGCGGUUGCUUUAGAGAAGCUUUCGUCGAUGCAGGCUUGUGGGAACAUUUCAGCUGAACAUGCAGCAUCACACAAGGGCAUUGUAGUCCCGUUAUGCUCAGGCCGUAUUGACGGUCUUAAGAAUUUGUUUUCAGGAAAGUGGGCGUACAUCUACAAUGAUGUGAAGCUGACAGAAAAGAUUCAUGGGAGCCUUCUGCAUCUACGGACAGCGGAUGUCGAUGUAAUGGCACAAGCACGCGAUUACAUUGCAUUCCGUCUGUUACAUAUAAUACUAAGACUGGAGCAGUCGGGCGUUGGCCACAUCGGCGUUGAGUGGGGUUCCUUCUUCUUGCAAGAAGAUGGCUCGUUCUUAUUAGGCAACUUUGACAGCGCCAGUCCUUUUGGAAAACCAGUGGCCACAUUUUCCAGUUCCUUGGCAGAUUAUCCUGAGCCGAAGUUGGUGUUGCAGUCCAACACCAUAGGCCUUGCUCCUGAGGCUCAGUCGAAUUUAUGGUCCUUAGGUGUCCUCCUUUUCGAGUUGUACACAGGGGAGACGGAACCAUAUGGCAGAGUAGAAGGGAGCACAUUUGGAGAGAGAGCAUGGCAUCUUUCCAAAAACUUGCUGAGCGAAGGGACGCGCUCUAGACUGCUUAUUCCUAAACUUGAAGCUCACAAGGUGCCAUUUCGGUGGAAAAUGCUUAUUUUGCAGCUGUUGGAGCCAAAUAACUCAGAAAGGACCACGGCUUUAGAGAUUAUCAGGAACUUUCCAGACCUCGUAUACAUGAUCUUCGAUUGA